AUGGCUAAGUCCACCCCAGGGGGUCUGAUUCCUAAGGUAAAAACUCUCAAAGCCAAUCUGAUGGGAUUUUUAGAUGAAACCUUCUGGAAAGCACAGCAGGUUUGCGUGCUGGAGAGGCAAAUAUUUGAUUUCCUUGGAUACCAGUGGGCACCUAUCCUGGCAAAUUUUAUCCAUAUUAUCAUCGUCAUUCUGGGUUUAUUUGGAACUAUUCAAUAUAGACCUCGCUACAUAACAGGAUAUGCUGUCUGGCUAGUCCUCUGGGUUACAUGGAAUGUUUUUGUUAUCUGCUUCUACUUGGAGGCUGGAGAUCUCUCCAAGGAAACAGAUCUGAUUCUGACUUUUAAUAUCUCAAUGCACCGUUCUUGGUGGAUGGAGAAUGGCCCAGGAUGUACUGUGACAUCAGUGACACCAGCCCCCGACUGGGCCCCAGAGGACCAUCGCUAUAUCACGGUCUCAGGGUGUUUGCUCGAGUACCAGUACAUAGAAGUGGCACACAGUUCUCUCCAGAUCAUCCUUGCACUGGCAGGGUUCAUCUACGCCUGUUAUGUUGUGAAAUGUAUUACUGAAGAAGAGGACAGCUUUGAUUUCAUAGGUGGAUUCGACUCUUAUGGCUAUCAAGGCCCACAGAAGACAUCUCAUUUACAACUACAGCCCAUGUACAUGUCCAAGUAAGCAAUGUGACUUCAGUGUGUCAGCUCAAGGACCUUUCAAAGAACUUGUUUCACAAUGGCCUCCUGUGUUUUACAAAGAGCAAGAAGCAACCUGUGUUUAAAAAAUAAUAAUAAUAAAAAUAAAAAUAAAAAACAACCACCGACACCACCAAGCAUAAGCUGAGACACAAAAAGAAAUUGUUCCACUUGGCCUCUUCUUCCUAACAAACACAGAGGGAU